AUCUGUAUUAAUAUAUUGUAUUCUAGUACUUUGAAAAGCUAUACCGGUGUCUAUUUUAUCGUUUCGCGCCAAGAGGUGCGGACGCGUGCAUAAGGAAAAAUAAUAUCAUAAUAUUGUAACUUAAUUGCCGUGUAGUUUAUUGAAACAUGAAACAACUAUGUACAUAAUUAAUUACAAAUAAGGAUAAAACGUAUUAUUAAAACUACAAGUGUUAACGAACAAUGACUAACGGAAUGCAUGUUGUCAAUGCCAUUGGCAAUAUUACAAACGAAAAACUUAAUAAUUCCUCAGUAGUGCAGUGGUGGAACGUGCAAUGGAAGCCAAUUCUUGCCGAGUUCGUAUCAACGUUUUUACUUAUUUUCCUUGGCUGUAUGUCAUGCAUUCCCCUAGACGGAUUAGCAAGUCAGCCACCGCUCUAUGUGUCUCUUGGAUUCGGACUGAUAGUUCUAUUCAAUAUCUCUGCUUUCGGCCACAUAUCUGGUGCGCAUAUGAAUCCAUCGGUUACCCUAACAGCAAUGAUUUGGGGUAAAACGUCUAUUGGCCUUGGAAUCGGAUACGUCAUUGCUCAAUGUCUCGGUUCGAUCGUUGGGUACGGGCUAUUAGUUGUAGUAUCGCCCUUUGAUUUAAUACCGGGAGCAAUCUGUGCCACUCAGCCCCGUGUAGACAUGCAACCGUACCAGGCACUUAUCGUUGAGAUAAUUUUAUCAUCGGCUUUGGGUUUUAUUAACUGUGCCGUAUGGGAUCCGGUAAAUGUGGAUAAAGAUGAGGCAAAUUCGUUGAAAUUUGGUUUAACUAUUGCCGCGUUUUCGAUUGCUGGUGGACCUUUGACUGGAGCAAGUAUGAAUCCAGCGAGAACAUUAGGUCCCUCGUUAUGGACCAACAAUUGGAAUGCGCACUGGGUGUACUGGGUUGGUCCACUCAUAGGAGGUGCGUUCGCUGGUGUGUUUUAUAAAUUAAUUUGGUUUAAACGUGAAAAGGAUAUUUUAUAAUACUCAAUAAGACUUCGAAUAAACUAUUCGACAGACUUUAUGUGAAAAGUAAUAUUGUAUUAAUUUAAAAAUAUAAUUCGAAUAUUGUUGUUUAUUAUAUAUAUUAUAUACAUAUAAUAGAAAAAAACAAUGUUCAUAUUAUUAUAAACGUAAUGUAUUUUAACUUAUUAUUAUAAAAAUAAAUAUAAUAUUUAUUGAAUUCGUCAUGAAUUAAAUGGAAUCUCUACUAUUAAAAUUGAUAU